CAUUACAGAGGGCCUGUCACAAAUCCAAAUGUAUUUUAGGAAAUCCAUCACUAAAAUGAAAUGAUAAUUAUGUUUUCAAAAAAAUGUAAUAAGGUUAUGCUGUUGCCCAUAUUAAUCCUGAUUGGACUUUAUUUGAAUAUUCUAAUAUGGCAAGAUAAGUACCUAACCAUCAAAAAACAUUGUCUACUUCAAGCAAGCUUUGAAUCUACUUUUAUUAAAGAGGCUAGUGUGGCAAAGGAGCUUGGUGUGACAAGGGACCUCACAAGAGAAAGUGAUGUCGCAUUAAAAUCUGAUAUGACAGAAAAGUCAAGUGUGACAAAAAAGUCUGAUAUGACAAUGAAGUCUGGUGUAACAAGAAAGGGCAAUGUCAUGAUAGAAUCUAGAGUGACAAAAGUGAAUAGCAUGACAAAACAGCCUAGAAUUACCAGGAAGACUAAUGUAACAAAUAGAAAGCUCAUUCUAUCAUGGUCAAAUCUGCUACAUCCAAGUGAAUACAACAGCAAACUGAACCAGUAUGAAGAGCAUGAUGUGUUUGCUCUUUGUCCAGAUGCCCAAUGUGAACACACAACAGACAGAGCUGAUUUUGAGCAGGCUGAUGCAGUUCUGUUCCCUCAUGGGGCAUGGUAUCAUACACUUGAUGUAGGGAUCACACAUUCACAUAUCAAUCAGGUUUGGAUUUUUUAUGAGUUAGAACCACCACCGUUAAUCCCACGUAGAUCCCUACUGAAGAAAUAUGAAGGUUUAUUCAACUGGACGAUGAGUUAUGAUUUCAACACAAGUGAUAUUUGGUUGCCUUAUGGAAGUUACAAUGACAGUCAUGUCCAACUUUACUUUAAUCAUUACAAUAUGCUUCUGCACCAUAGUUACAACUUUGCUGAAAACAAAACAAAGUUGGCUCUAUUUGCCAGCUCAGGGC